AGUUGCAGCAUUUGGCUGAGUGAGCCUGCAUGAAGAUACAGUGUCACCUACAGUGCGGUUCCAGUAAGUGCAAGACUUACGAGACAGAAGGCAAGUCCUGAAGCUGUUUGGAACUUGUUCAGUAUGGAGAGCCGUGAGAAAACGGUUCUUACGUUGACGAUAUAUCCGCGGCGGCCAUCAGCAAACUUGGUCCUCCUCGGCCUGAAGAAGCGCGGGUUUGGGGAAGGCAAGCUGAAUGGCUUUGGUGGCAAACUGGAGCCCAAUGAGUCACUUGAGGAAAGUGCAGUAAGAGAACUCCGAGAGGAGUGCGGCCUCUCGUCCAAAUGCGCGGACCUGACCUGGCGCGGCCGCUUGACGUACUUAUACGACACGAAGCCCAAGGCUAUGGAGGUCAACGUCUUUGAUCUCGAGACUUGGCAAGGUGAGGUGCAGGAGACGGAGGAGAUGAAGCCAGCAUGGUUCUGUCACCGGGACAUCCCGCUGCGCUCGAUGUGGGCAGACGACGAGCACUGGCUGCUGCAAUACCUGGACGGGCACUUGGCGACGCCGUUUGUUGGCCGCUUCCGAUUCAAAGGUCACGAAGGACCUGACAGUUGGGACAUCCGUGAGCACUACGUGGCAUCAUUGUGUCCUGCAUCUGUGCCUCGGAUGUCUGAGCCAUUGCCCGGAUCUGCCAUGGUGGUGUCCACCGUGAGUUUUAUCAACUCUCCAUCCGCAAGGCCUUUGGAAUCCUUCAUCCGCUACCAUCUGGCCAAAGGCUUUGCCAGGGUCAUGAUAUUCGUUGACAGCCCCGAGGACCGAGCAACCUUGGACGUAGUGCGGCGCUUUCCAGCCGCUCGAGUUCUAUCCAAGAUUCGUGGCCCAGAGCUACUGGAAGAACAGCGUCAGGCGUGUCCUUCUUACGGAAAGUUGUGUGACUUUCAAUCUGAAGUCUCUGGUCGUCAGCUUCUGGAUGCAGAGUUGGCCAUGGACUUGGCUCCCGGUCUGGGUUGCCGCUGGCUUGUUUGCCUGGACUCUGAUGAGCUGUUCUGCACGGAGAAGCCUUCCGUGGUGCCACACUUCGAAGAGCUCGAAGAGAAAUAUGUUUAUCAGAUGUCGUAUUUAAACCAUGAAGGGGUGCCGGAGCAGAUGGACACUGUGGACUACUUUGCCACCGUGACACUUUUCAAGAAGCAUCAAUUUGCAGUCCCGCUGACUGCCCCAGCCCGGGGCGCGUUGCGCUUUUGGAUGAGUCGAUCGCAGAGGGGCCACUUCUUCUUGUUUUACGACAAUGGCAAAAGCGCUUGCCGCACUGGAUGCGGUGCGGUUCCGCUAAGCCAGCACUUGUGGCGGCUGCCUUCUGGAUACCAGAGUUGCACGGCGCUUGCAGAUCCCAGGAACAUGGAUGUGCAUGGGUUCAGAGAAUGUGCUGACCCGUGCGUUCUGCAUUUUCCUAUUUGCGGGGUGAAGUGGUUCACGGCAAAAUACAAAACACUAGGAAGCUUUCCAGACAAGUGGCUCGGGAGAGUACCUCUCAGCGAAUCAUUCCAUACAGACGCUCGAAGUUUAGCAUGUGGCCCUUCGGCUGAGACUCAAUUGGAAGAAGCAUUCAAGCAAGAAGUCCUGCUUGAGGAUGCGAUGGAAGCAACAAGGCAAGUGGAUUGCGGAGCAUGUACUCGAUCGAGUAGUCAUGCGCAACUUCUUGAUGCAGUCCAGUCCGCUGCUGAUGGCAUAGCUGAUGGCCCAAACAAGGAAGCUACAAAGAAGACGGCAAGCCACGAAGUGCUUGAUCAUGAAACACUGGUUGGAAUAGAGAAGGGAUGGGUUCUAUCCAAAGCGAUGGGGUAUCUAUGAUUG